GCUUUGCCUAGAGAUCCAGUGCGAAACCAAGUUCGCCGAGCGGGCCCGGCGCGCAGGUCCCGGCUCCAGCCCAGGGCACAAAGAGCCGGGCCGCGUGCCCCGCGGGCCCCCAGCUCCCACAGCCCGCGCCUCGCUCCCCUCUGCGGGCGCGGCGGCCGAGCCGGGCCGCUCUGUUUGUUGUGGAAGGCGAUGGUGGAGCGCGCGCGGCCGCAGCGCUGGGGAGGGGGCGCGGGCAGAAUUUCCUUCCUGCGAGUGCCAGAGACCUAGAAAGUAGUGACCAGCCCUCCUCGGGUUACUCUCCGCUGGCUCCUCCCCCACCUCCAAAUUUGCAUAAAAAAGGCCGAGAAAACCCUGGCAGCGCCCCAGCCUCGGCUCACUCUGCUCCCCCGGGUCGGAGCCCCCCGGAGCUGCGCGCAGGCUGCAGCGUCUGGCCCGCGCCGUCCUCCCCGCGCCCGGCCUCGCGCGCUCCGGCUUCCCAAACCCCCAGCCUCGCCGAGCACGGUCCGCGGGCCCGGGACGAGCUUGGGCUCCGGCUGCCCCGCGCUUGCCCGGCUCGGCUCCCUCCGCCCCCCGCGGGUCGCGCGCCCACGAUGCCGCAGGGCCCCGGUCCGCUGUUGCUCUUCGUCCUCGCGCUGCACUGCUCGCUGGGCUCGGCGCACGGGCUCUUCCUCUUCGGCCAGCCCGACUUCUCGUACAAGCGCAGCAACUGCAAGCCCAUCCCGGCCAGCCUGCAGCUGUGUCACGGCAUCGAGUACGGGAACAUGCGGCUGCCCAACCUGCUGGGCCACGAGACCAUGAAGGAGGUGCUGGAGCAGGCGGGCGCCUGGGUCCCGCUGGUCGUGAAGCAGUGCCACCCGGACACCAAGAAGUUCCUGUGCUCGCUCUUCGCCCCCGUCUGCCUCGACGACCUGGACGAGACCAUCCAACCCUGCCACUCGCUCUGCGUACAAGUGAAGGACCGCUGCGCCCCGGUCAUGUCCGCCUUCGGCUUCCCCUGGCCCGACAUGCUCGAGUGCGAUCGCUUCCCCCAGGACAAUGACCUCUGCAUCCCCCUCGCUAGCAGCGACCACCUCCUGCCGGCCACAGAAGAAGCUCCGAAGGUGUGUGAAGCCUGCAAAAGUAAAAAUGAUGAUGACAACGACAUAAUGGAAACUCUUUGUAAAAAUGAUUUUGCGCUGAAAAUAAAAGUAAAGGAGAUAACCUACAUCAACAGGGACACCAAAAUCAUCCUGGAGACCAAGAGCAAGACCAUUUACAAGCUGAACGGUGUGUCCGAACGGGACCUGAAGAAAUCGGUGCUGUGGCUCAAAGACAGCUUGCAGUGCACCUGCGAGGAGAUGAACGACAUCAACGCGCCCUAUCUGGUCAUGGGACAGAAGCAGGGCGGGGAGUUGGUGAUCACCUCGGUGAAGCGGUGGCAGAAGGGGCAGAGAGAGUUCAAGCGCAUCUCCCGCAGCAUCCGCAAGCUGCAGUGCUAGUUCCGGGGUCCCAGAGGCGCCAGAGCUCACCUGACCGUUUCCGUUUCCGGUGGACCCCCCCACACACACAUCAUUUUCGGUUUUCCAAGCACAGUCCAGUGUGCUCCAUCCCCGGCCUGGAGCACCUUGCCUGCCUUUUGCACGUUUCCAUCCCAGCAUUUCCUGAGUUACAAGGCCCUGGGAGGCCUCGGGAAUGGAUAUCUGUUUCCGUAGAAAGAAAAAACCCAAACCAAUAAAGUCAUGACUAUUUUUAUGGCUAUUUACAAGGCUAAUUUUGAAUAUAUGUGACUGUGUCUUGGGUCUGAUUUUGUUUUUAACCCACUGUUUGAUCGGAAUCGGCUGGUUUUCACCACUCACUGAGGUGGCCAUGCAAGAUGCUUCAUUUUGCUCUGUGGCUCGAACCCAUGGGUUGCAAACUGUUGGGAUAAAGCAGGCUGUUAUCCCAACCUCUCCCUCAGCUCCAGCCUGAGACUCACUAAGAAUACAUUUGCCGUGUUACGCCCUCACUAGGAACUCACACAGUUGCAUGUAUCACAUUCCAGCUGCAGUACUUCCAUUUAUAAGAAGCACAUUACCAGUCUUCAUAGCAUGAUUUCUUCAAAUAAAGGGCAAAGUAAAUAAAUUUUGUAAUUGACUUGAGUUCAUUAAGCCUUGUUUAAAGCAUUUUUUACUUAAUUUUUUGCAAAUAAAACCAUUGUAGCUUACCUGUAAUAUACAUAGUAGUUUACCUAAAAAGUUGUAAAAAUAAUUGCUUUAACCAACACUGUAAAUAUUUCAGAUAAACAUUAUAUUCUUGUAUAUAAACUUAACAUUCUGUUUUA